AUGAAUACUGACUCAAAUACUACAGUUUUGCGGAAUCACUGGACAAACUCUGGAUCAGUCUUUCAGACAGGACUCAACGCGUUCUCUUUGACGAGGGUUAGAACUCAUGAGCUCCUUGAUAGGACUCGCAAGGCAAGAUCUGGCAGUACACAGGAGCCCGGAUUCAGAAAGGAUGUUGAUGAGAAUCCAGAACAGCACAAUGCAGGAAGUGAACAGAAUGAAGAGAUUCCUAAGGAAAAUGCUAAAGCUAUCACAGUACAGAGGAUUAACUUGAUUCUUUACUGGAGUCCCGAAGACGCAAUAUUCCUCGGAGACGUCGUGAAGCAGCCGAGCGACAUCUACCUAGCGACGUCGGCGAAGGUGCAGGAGCUUGCACUAAUGGAGAGGGAGGGAUCACGCUCUCGAUUACAUGACUCCUCCAGCUGCUCUUACACCUUCAUGUUCCACCGCUGGAUAUUUGCACCGGAGUUUUGCAGAAUCGUGGCGUUUAUGCAACACGUGAGCGUCACCUGCAGCGUGUACACCUUGGUCGCCAUCGGUGUGGACAGGUACAAGGCGCUGAUCCACCCUCUCAACACGCGCUGGACCAAGUCGCGGGCGCGCCUCGUCAUCGGCGGCAUCUGGCUGUUCUCCGUCGUCAUCUCACUCGUGCCGCUCAUCGUGUCCGACUCCGUGCGCUACGACUGGGACGGAGAACAAUCCCCAGGCCACCACUCGCCAAAACUAAGGUUCUCACCCCUUGCUUUUCCUCCUCCUCUUCCGCCUCCGCCCAGAUGGUACUACGAGUGCAAGGAGAACUGGCCCAAGACGCAGGACGAGCUUUACGAGAAGACCUACACCGUCCUGCUCUUCAUCUUCACCUUCGUCCUGCCCGUCGUAGGCCUAGGAUACACCUACCUGUCCAUCGUGGGGAUGAUGUGCUCCUACAGGAUGCCCGGCAACGCUGAGCCCUUCAGAGACCAGCAGCAGUUCCUGGCGAAGGUGAAGGUGAUCAAUAUGAUGAUUGCAGUCAUGGUGUGCUUCGUGCUGAGCUGGUUUCCCUUGCAAGUGCUGCAAUUCCUCAUCUACUUCGCCCCAGACAUCACCCAGUGUCGAGGGCGGGAGUGCUUCGCCUACUACAUGAGUUUCUUCACGUGUCACUGGAUCGCGAUGGCGAACUCGUUCAUGAAUCCCUUUAUUUACUGCUUCAUGAGUAAGAAUUUCAGGGUCAAGGUUCUUCACUGUGUCUCGCAAGGCAUUGAUAAAGCGGGGCCACAAUACACGAUCGUCACAAAGACCUAG